AAGGGGUUAUAAACCUCCCCCGGGCUUGAGGAAUUACAACACUCGCUAGCCUGAUAGUAGGGAGACCUUGUCACCAAGCGACUUAAGUUUUUUUUGCUGUCAAUGCCAAGUUCUUUGUUGACGAGGCCGAGUUUGUUUACAUCUCUCGCAGAUCCACGAGCUCCUAUAGGUGCGAUAACCCACAGGGACUGAGAGCGAACUUGACCCAGUUCUCCCAGGUUCAAGCCCAGCCUGGAGAUACUUCCGAUUCGUGGCUUAUCAAGCCACCAAAACACAGCAGCUCAGUCGAUUUUUCAACGCCAAGAUGAGAACUACUAGAAGCGCUUGUUUAAGUUUUCUGAUCGAAUUUUUGCUGGUCUUUGGAAUCCAAAUUUGCGAUGUGGCUGGAGCCCGACAUAACAACAUGAAUCGCAUGCCGAUGGGUGGAAACUUCCCAGAUUCACGUGAGGAACAGAUGGUGCGUCAACUAAUGGCAACGGAUGUACAAAAGUACAUGAACCUGAGCGUCGAUCCCUGUACGGAUUUCUUCGAAUACGCCUGCGGUCAGUGGGGUCGUUAUCAUAGACGACAGCUUCGUCCGGGUGAGUUGGCCACCGCCCAGCAAGUGAUGGAAACCAAAAUCUCGGAGCAAUUGCAGCAACUUCUCACCCAGCCACUGCCACCACAACAUCAUCCGAAUAGCUAUAGUGGUCCCACUAUGGCGAAUGUCCGUAAAGUUCGAGCCUUCUACGAAUCUUGCGUGGCCGUGGAAGCCAAUGCCGAAGAGAGACGUCGUUUCCUAAUGAAAAUACUCAAGGAUAACGGAGGAUUACGUAAUGUUCCCAACUCGAACUGGCAGCAUAAUCGUCAGUGGGUCCAAACAAUGGGUGAAUUUAAAAGAAACUACGGAUUGGACAUACUUCUGGGAAUAGAAAUAGAUCUAAAUCUGCAGAAUAUGCAGGGCAAGAGUAUAUACUUUGGUGAACCCAAGCUCACUAUAAUACCCGCCGAGCACUGCAAUGUCGUGGCCACGAGUAAUGCUCAAGUGAAAGGUGAGGUCUAUGAGCAAAUGCAGCAGCAGGUAACAGAGAACUUGCGGGAUUGGUUUGGCAUGGAUACAGGGGAAGCAGGACGAUUUGCCGGAGACAUCAUCCGUUUUGAGUUUGAACUCUGCAAGCAAAGGGGAGUGCAGGAUAUCCAAAAGAACGAGGAAGACUACCAACCUUCCAUGCAGGCUCCCAAUUACAUAGCACGUUCGCGAACUGGCCAAGAUCGUUUACGUCGCCAGAAAAUAGGAAUGACCCUUAUCCAGCUCACCAGCGAGAUGGGCAAUCAGAUGGACUUCAAAAUGUUGGUGGAGGUAGUCCUAGAGACUGAAUACAAUUCUCUCGUCUAUCUGAGGUCACCGGAAUAUGUAAGGCAUCUGGUAAAGACUAUUAGGGCCAACAAUCGCAUCACCGUUGGUGGCUAUAUUAUGUACGUUGCCCUAAACGAACUAAAUCAGCCGCCGGAGGAGGCUCCCUCGCAACGUGCCCGCCAGUGCGUCUUGAUGACACAACGCCUGUUUCCCCAGGUCCUUGGCGACAUGUUCCAGCGCCAUGUCCAGCGCGAUAAUGCCAAAGAUGAUCUAGACGCUGUAUUUAGCGAUGUUAUUAAAGCCCUCGAAGAGCAAUUCCGCGUAGAUUGGAUGGACGAGAACGAUCGAAGGGCAGCCAGAACUAGACUUUCGCAAUAUCGAGUGUCGGGGCCAGAUUACCAGAGUUUGGAUCUCUCCGAUCUACAGUUUCAGAAAUCUGAAGACUAUUGGCGUCGUUUGGAGAUUGCUCUAAGAUAUCGUUCCCAUCAGCAAUUCGAAGGCCUGAAGGGCAACAAUUUCCGCCAGGAUGGAGACGGUCUAGAUGCUUUUGAGGUGCGAACUGCUUUAUCUCCCCGCCAGCAAAUGGUCCUGGUGGGUUGGGGUCUGCUACAGGCUCCCUACUACAAUUACAAUUAUCCCAAGGCGCUGAAAUAUGCUUUACUGGGUCAUCGUUUGGCCAGUGCGUUAGUCCAGGCAUUCGACGACGAGGGAUGGAACCAUUAUCCGCAGGCAACAUCUCAAUGGAACGAGAUAACCAUGUCUGGCUAUCAAAAUGUCAGCGAAUGCCAGCGUGCCCAGUACAGUAGUUACUUGUACAAUGACCCUAACGAAUUUCGCAAUGCCACCAGGCUGAGAGAGAUUAUUGCCGACAGCAGCGGUCUCAACUUGGCCUUCAACGCAUAUCUGGCUUGGCUGGAACAACAGGAUUAUAAGCUGCGUCUGCUCUUGGCGAAGGAAACUCUGCCGGAGCUUAAUUACACCAACACUCAGCUAUUUUUCAUAUACUUUGCACAGACACGAUGCUGGGCAAAGGAUAACCAGGACGCCAUCCUAGACUCGAUGCCUCUAAUGCAGCACACACCGGAGAGAUGGGAUGUCAAUGGACCGCUGAGUAACUCUGCAGAGUUUGGUCGAGAAUUUGGCUGUGCCCUGGGCACACCGAUGAAUAGUGGGGACAAGUGUUUGGUUUACUGAUGAUGACUAGACGGAAAUAAAAUACUUGGAAAGUAA